AGAUAGCACGUUACGCCAGCUUGUGACAAUGUUUGAGCACUGACCCAAAGUGUAGCAAUAACUGUAUACACCUAGGAGACCUGCCAAUGGCCGCCCUCCUACUCCAUUCGGUCAACAGAUCGGCUCAAAUCACCACAAAGCACUGUUUCAUCUCACACAAGGUAAGCACAUUGGCCCGACUACAAGACGCGCACGUCGCGUCGUUUCAUAACUCUGCGGCGCACCGGUGGAGCUCGCUUCCCGGAGCGAGAUGGCUGUCCAGGGGUACCGGGGUACGGUUCAUGUGCCAGGGGACCGCAGGCAGACUCCCUGCCGGGCGGUCGAGGAGGGGAGCGGCGCUGGUCCUGGCCGGAGCCGCAGCCGCCGCCGUGGUUGGCUUCGUGGCCAACGCGGGUCACUUCCAGCGCGCUGAGAUGGCCUCCAGGGUCAUUCAAGUCGCCAAGCAAGACGAUGACAUCUUGGAGAAGUGCAAGGGGUUCAUGUCCCUCCCGGUGACCGACGUGAAAGUGCUGCAGGAGAAGAAGGGAGAAAUGUGCACCAGGAUGGAGCUACUGAUCAUGGAGACGCAGGCCGAGUUCUGCCGGGCCCUGGAGAAGGUGGAUGGGGGCAAGUUCAAGGCAGAUCGGUGGCAGAGGAAGGAAGGCGGCGGGGGGAUCAGCUGUGUGAUCCAGGACAGCAACGUGUUUGAGAAGGCCGGUGUGAGUGUUUCGGUAGUGUUCGGACAUCUGACCGAGGAGGCUGCCAAGCAGAUGAAGAGCAGAGGGAAGGUCCUCAAGGGGAAAGACGGUAAACUGCCGUUCUGCGCCAUGGGCAUCAGCUCUGUCAUCCACCCCAAGAACCCCCACGUCCCCACGGUGCACUUCAACUACCGCUACUUCGAGAUCGAGGAGGAGGACGGUUCCAAGCAGUGGUGGUUCGGAGGAGGCACUGACCUGACCCCCACCUAUCUGAACGAGGAGGAUGCCUUCCUGUUCCACAACACCCUGAAGGAGGCCUGUGACAAACACCACCCCCAGUACUACCCAGACUUCAAGAAAUGGUGUGACCGCUACUUCUACGUCCGCCACCGCGGGGAGACGCGCGGCAUCGGGGGCAUCUUCUUCGACGACCUGGACUCCCCCAGCCAGGAGGAGGCCUUCAGCUUCAUCAGGAGCUGCACCUCCACCGUGGUGCCCUGCUACGUCCCCCUGGUGUACAAGCACAGGGACGACGCCUUCACCGCGGAGGAGAAGAGGUGGCAGCAACUCCGCCGGGGCAGGUACGUCGAGUUCAACCUGGUGUACGACAGGGGGGUGAAGUUCGGCCUGGCCACCCCUGGCUCCAGGAUCGAGAGCAUCCUCAUGUCUCUACCCCUGACCGCAAAGUGGGAGUACACCCACGAGCCGGAGGAGGGCUCCAGGGAGGCGGAGAUGCUGGAGGUUCUGCGUACCCCCAGGGAGUGGCUGUGACCGUUGCCGUGUCUACACGUCGCUAUGGCUACAACAUCCAGGGAUACCACCUUUUUUUCUUUCUCAAUGUUGUCACUUGUCGUCCACGUCGCAGUCGCUUGCGCUUCUGCGGCAAACAACGCUCAGCAAACGCACCGAUUGUUUGCACCGCUGCGCAUUUCACGUUCCUCGCGGUUCUGCCAACAGUCCUGCAUAUCGCUCACAUUCUGCCGUCUCAUCACGGGGCUGGUUCUGAUGAUUCAUGACGUAGCUUUUGGUAAGAUUAAACCAACUCCAAGCGGUGUUGGUGUUGACCGAUCAUCCAUUGCCUGCGUUUACAAGCUGUGUUCUUGAAUCAGACUUUUAAGGUGUUAUGCUGAAACUGUCUUUCUAAGCGGUGCUUAACGACGCAUACGCAUAAAUUCAUCUUGAAGUGGGGCAUUUAGUUUCUGCUGAACUUUUUUUUUUGUUACUUAAGGGACUCUAAAACCAUGUGCAUUAGGGAUAGUGAGUUAGUGAAUCGAUUUUUGUUAUUGAACCCGUUUUAAUAUGAAUGUGAUUAUAUUAUGGUACGAUUUCACAAAAAACAUAAAAUAUGUAUACUGCC